AUGGAAGUCAUCGGCGCCGUUGCGAGCGGCAUAGUCCUUGACCAACUGAGCACAGUCGUGGACGAGAUGGUGAGGGAUUUACAGUCCAGCCUCCAGAGGACGCCGCAGCAAAACUUACAGAGUCGGACGAGGAGGAAGGUGAGACUUGCGUGGGAGGAGUUGAGGAAGGGCGAUUUGGAAAAGCUCGAGAUGAGUUUGGAUGUGGCGUUGGGUUUUCCGAGGCGUGCUAAACCAUGGCUGCAAGACCUCAGAGACUCCGACAUCGACCUCCUGCAGUAUGGCAGGGCCGAGGCGCUCAAGAUCAAGUUUACGGCGCUCGAUGUCAAGGGCGUUUUCGACGCCGAUGCCCUAGCCACCUCGCGCAGGCAUGUCCGGAGCUUACUGCGGAUGCGGAAGUCGAGGAUGCAGAUGGUGGACAACGAGCAUCCGGGAAGCGACCCCUAUUGGCUGCCAGCCAACUGA